GCCGUGCCCCGCCUUUGCCGGUUACGCGAUGUCCUCACAGAAACGUCCACCAUCUGAGGAUCUCGACGAUAUCUCUGCCUCUGAAAAUGAAGAUCACUAUGCCUCUGGCUUUGGAACCGAUGAACCAGCCGACUCUGGCAACGAGAUCCUGUCCAUGAAACCACAGAAAUCCCGGCAGACGAAAAAGCGGAAAAUUCGUGCGACAGGCGCCUCCUCAUUCGGAGCUACUUUACAAUCGUUAUUGGCCACAUCUGUUCCUACGCAAAGUAGUGAUUCGAAUGCACCAAUAGCACCGCUGGCGCUGAAGCCAUCCGUCGGCCGGAAGCUCAACAAUGAAAAACUGGAGAUGAGGGCCAAGCGGAUUGUACAGUUGGAAAAGAAAGAAAAGGAGGAUAAGGGUCGAGUCAAGGAUGUGAUCGGUGGUUGGGGUGUGGAGGGAGAAAGAGGAUUAAGAAAAGUAGCUCAGAGGGGUGUCGUCAAACUCUUCAACUAUAUUCAAGAGUCCCAAAAUCAAACUAGCGCAGCCGUAGAGGAACUUAAAGCAGCAAGAGGCAGUGGUAAGCCUACAUUAGCGGCACCCUCCAUAACAGAGAAAUGGAACGGAAAGAAGAAAAAGAAGGACCAGGAUAAUAUUCUAGGUAGGGGGAAGGAAUCGGCUGUUGGCAAAGAGGACUUUUUCGAUAUGAUACGGACUGGUACUGUAGUGCCCAAGGCAUAAUUAAACGGCUGUACAGUAGUCAAUUUUUAAAUUGAGCCGUAUGCUGCCGGGGGCUGUGUUUGCCUUUUGA